AUGGAUCCAUUAACGAGGUACAAAAUGAAAUUAGAAAAAGAUAAAUAGCAUUUGCAAGAGUAUGAAAGAAUUCAAAAGCAAAAAGAAUUAUAGAAUGAGAUGAAGUUAAAAUAAAAGAAUGAAAAGUAUAGCAAUAUUCAAAAGGAACAGGAAAGACAGAAGGAAAUAGCCAGACUCAAAGCUUAGUUACGAAGAAAUCAUUUCGAGAGAACCUUAUUUCAAAGUUAACAAAUAGAGAAAGAAAAGUUAAAUGUAUAUGCGAUAUUCUAGAUUAUUUAGGGGUAUAAGAAAAAAAUAGAGAAGACUUUAGAUUCCUUGGAAAAGUAUGAGAAUGGAUACCACAAGGAGUUUAUGACAUCCUUGCACAGAAAACUGUCGAAUCAUUCUCAUCAGAUUGAGUGUGUAUAAUAAUAAAGUGAAGUGAUUUUGGAAAAUAAGAUUAAUAAAAUAAACCAAUCACUAGAACUUCGAUUCAAAAAAUCAGAGGAUGUAUUAAUUUUGAAGAUUUGUUUAGGUUCUUUCGAACUUGUCAAAAUAAAAUAGCGAAAGAAAAAAGAGUGAAAAAUUGAAAGUUGAAACCUAUUAGCAGUUGGUUCAGAAACAUUAAGAGAAGCUUUAAUAGUUAAGGGAAGUGAAAGCAUAAUAAUUUGAUGAUAAAUUGAAUAAAGUUGAAAAACUUCAGAAAUUAAAAGAAUAAUAAUAAAGAGAGAAAUACUUAUUGAGAUUAGAAGCGGAUAAAUUAAAAGAGAAAAUGAGCAAAGAAUUCGAAUAAGAAUUAGCAGUAAAAAUAUAAAAUAGUAUUUUUUAGAGAAUGAAAUCGAAGCAAAUUAAACUAAUACAGAAUUGA